ACUUUGUGUCAUCACAUGCAAAUGAAGUAGGUGGCGAGAAGCGUACGGUAUAAAAGCAGCGAACGGUCUCCGUCCCAGCACCUUGCCUUUCAUUCAGCUUGCCUCAGCAUCUCUGCUCUCACUCCUCAACAAACCACCACCACCGCGAUGGCCUUCACUGGAAAAUGGGAAACGGAGAGUCAGGAAGGAUACGACGCGUUCUGCAAGCUGGUUGGCAUCCCUGACGACGUCAUCGAGAAAGGUCGUGACUACAAGAUGAUCACGGAGGUCACCCAGGACGGGAAUGAUUUCACCUGGUCUCAGCUGUACCCCGCCAACACCAAGGUCACCAACACGUUCACCAUCGGGAAAGAGUGUGACAUGCACACAGUUGGAGGAAAGAAAUUCAAGGCAACAGUAAACUUGGACGGAGGCAAGCUGACAGUGAACUUCCCCAACUACAACCAAGUCAAUGAGGUCAGCGGGGGAAAACUCAUAGAGACCUCCACAGCCGGCUCGGUGGUGCUGAAGAGAACCAGCAGGAAGAUGUAACUGUGAGACCUCAGAUACAGCUGCAGAAGUGAAUAAACUCGCCAUGAACACAC